AUGUGGAAGCCAACAGGCACAAAUGUUAUACCACUAGGUACAAAGCGACGAUUUGGUGAAUCCGAAGACGGCUCAGCAGCAGGCGAAUACGAAGCAACACCACCAUCCGCUCCUGAAUCAGACCGUUCCGAUGUCAAUGGGAAUACUUCUCAAGAUGCCACUCCAAAGGCUAGCACACCAGCACAACCACCGUUCCCCAAUGGUGAAGGACGACGCAAACGAGAACGACGUAGUCGAUGGGGUGAUGAAACCAAAAAAGUCAACAUCCCUGGUAUGCCAACAUCAUUGCCAAAGUUAAACCAACAACAAGCCGACAAUUAUGUUUUGCAAAUCCGUUUGGAGGAGAUCAAUCGAAAGCUUCGUAUAGGUGAUGUAGUACCUGCUGAAAGGGAUAGAUCACCAUCGCCCGAACCAGUAUACAACUCUGAAGGCAAGCGUGUCAAUACUCGUGAGCAACGUUAUCGAAAGAAGCUUGAAGAUGAGCGUCACCGAUUGGUUGAACAAGCCGUCAAAUCGAUUCCCAAUUUCAGACCACCAGCUGAUUACAAACGACCCUCUCGUAUCCAUGAGAAAGUGUAUAUCCCAGCCAAAGAGUUCCCCGAGAUCAACUUUAUCGGCCAGCUUAUCGGUCCUCGUGGUAAUACGUUGAAGGGUAUGGAAUCCGAGUCGGGUGCCAAGAUCAGUAUUCGUGGACGAGGAUCGGUCAAGGAAGGAAAAGCGAGAACAGAUGCAGCAAGCAAUUCAGCACAAGAAGAGGAUUUGCAUUGUUUGGUCAUGGCUGAUUCUGAAGAUAAGGUCAAAAAGGCUGUCAAGCUGAUUGAAAAGAUCAUUGAAACUUCUGCCACACUUCCCGAAGGUCAAAACGAGUUGAAGCGCAAUCAAUUACGUGAAUUAGCAGCAUUGAACGGCACAUUGCGUGAUGAUGAGAAUCAAACAUGUAUCAACUGUGGUGGUGUCGGUCAUCGACGUUACGAAUGCCCUGAACGACAAAACUACACCAAUGCAUUGACAUGUCGUAUUUGUGGUGGUCGUGGACAUACAGCACGUGAUUGUUUGCAUCGUAACGAUCCUGAAUUCAUGGCACAAGCACAAGAACGUGAACAACAUCUUGACAGCGAAUACAUGAACCUCAUGGCCGAAUUGGGUGAAAAAGUACCUGAAAACGGUGGUGCUGGUGGUGAUCGAAGACAGUUUGCUGGUGAAAAGAGUGCACCUUGGCAACGUCCAGCAAAUACAGGCGGCUUACCACCAUGGCAACAACAGCGUGAUCAAGGUUCAGCACCUCCUCCACCUACAUCAUCAGGGUCGGCACCUGCUCCUUGGGCAAAACAAAAUUAUGGACCACCACCAGGUGGCAAUGCAUAUGGACCUCCUCCUGGAGGCUAUUAUCAAGGUUAUGGCGGUUAUGGCGGCUACGGCGGAUAUGGUGGAUAUCAAGGUUAUGAUCAACAACCACCACCGCCUCCUCCCCCACCAGGUUCUGCACCAUGGCAACAGGCUGCUCCACCACCACCACCUCCACCGCCACCAAGUGAUGGAUACGAUGCUGUUCCUCCACCUCCACCUCCACCACCAUCGGAUGAACCAGCUCCUCCACCACCACCGCCUUCAGCACCCGCUCCACCACCGCCACCACCACCAGAGGAGUAG